UUGCAAGCUGUGUUUUGGUUGGGUUUGAUCCGUCUUGAGUUCUUGCAGGAGGGGAUGGACAAGCCCUUGGGAGUUUGCAAAGCGGCUCUUGUUUCCCCAAGACCGGAGGAACAAUGGGAGGAGACAGUGCAGCGUCUCAGGGGAGGGAAGCAGGGCAACCUCUAGUUCUGGCCCCUGCAUUUCAGUGCUGCGUGGCCCAUGGAUUUGAGAUACCACCUGAAUCAGAGAGAUGUGAAAGGCCUGUUCUUUCUGGGAGGGACAGCCAGCGCCACGGAGGAAAUGCGCAACCAGAGCAAUGCUGUCAGCCUCUGAACUCGGCUGAGGGAAAGUCGCCAGUGAAAUACUUAAUCAAACGGGACAGAAUAACAAGCCUAUUGCAAGUGAAACAAACAGUGUGGAGUGAAGGGGAACCUAGGGCAGGCAAGGCCCAGGCCAGCUGGGAUGCAAUCCAAAAACCAGAUUGGGGACGAGGGGAGAUAAGAGAUGAGUGCUCCCAAGUAAAAUAUUCAGCCAACCCCUGGCACAGUCAGUCGGUCGGCACAUGGCUGGCAGGGAAAGUAGAGCUGCACUGCAGAGAGGUUCCUAGGAGAGCUGCUUUCGGGAUGGCAAGCGGAGCCUUGGAUUUGGAGGUCCUCGGGAGUUCAGGCAAACUGUACACCUGUUACGCCUCCUGCCACUUCUGCACGUGCCCUGCAUUUGCUUUCUCCGUGCUGCGGAAGAAUGACAGUCUGAUGUGUAAGCACAUCCUUGCCAUGUACCUCAGCCAGGCCACAGGCGCAUGCCAAGAGCUAUCUGUCUCUGACCAGCAGCUGGCAAGCAUCUUACUGGCAGAGGAAGAGGAGGAAGGACUUGGGACCAUGUGCUAACACCAUCUCUCCUGCAACGCCUCCCUGGCUCCUUUGAGGUACAUCGACAAACAUUACUAACAUCCCUAAGCCAACCACGUGUUGAUCAAGGCAGUUUUCCUCCCAAGCUGAAUUUAGGCUGGAAAUUAUUUAGCAGCCCUGCACCACUGUAUUAGUUAGUUAUGUUGUAACAAACAUUAUGAAGCCUCAUAACAUUAGGCUGAGAUUUUGUGACUUCCACGCCCUUCAUCUCACUUGCUGCUGUGGUUCCUGCAGGAGCAUUAACUAUUUCUGGGCCUCAAGGGUUUGGGACAGUGGGGUUAUGAACACAGAAAUAGAAACUUUUUUGUGAUUUCUUGGCCCUUCCUACGGCUUCCCUAGUGCAGGGUUGAUCUCUUGUAUUUGCCUCAACACAUCUUUUUGGGCUGACCUUUUCCUAGUGUACCAGCCUGGACCCAUCCAGGGCACUCAGGGUAACCCAGCAGGUAGAAAAAUGUCAUUGCUACCACGUUAGGCACAUACCCGGUGGUCAUUUCCAGGGGGGAUGUAGAUGCAGAAGUUUAUUGUAUCAGAUGUUUAGAUGCUAUGGGGCAUAAAAUCACAGAAAGGGCUGUAACUCGUAGAAUCAGUCUGAUUUUCCCAAAAUUGGCAGAAAGCAUCUAAAUACAAUUGAUAAUGCAAGUGUGUUUCCAAAUAGUCAUGUGUUGGAAAGUUUGGGAAAUAUUUAACCCCUAGUGUCUAUAUUAUGCAUUUUCCUGUACCUUUUUUGCCAUCAGUUAAAGCAGAAAUCUAUAGUCACAUGACAGUAUGAGCUUGUUUGUACCAGGUAAUAUCUCACAAUAUUUGUGUCAUUUGUAGAAUGGAUUCAUUUGAGAGAGAUUUUUCUGUCUGCUAUUUUUAUGAAGUUAUGCAGAUAAGACUCCUGUCCCUUAACAUCAAAAAUAUGUUUUAUAAUUAUCUGCUCAGCUGGAGACAUUAAGCUAAACAAGCACAUACAAUACAACUGUGACAUUAGUGUCACUGAAUAUAAUGACAAUACACUGUACACAACUCAUAUAAUUGUAAGGACUCUUAGUAGAAGGUCUUGUGUGAAUACUCUAAUGUAACAACUAUGAACUAUUUGAUAUCUAAUGCAAUGGCCCUUUGGGCCAUAUUAACUGACAAAAAUAGUCACAGAAAUUUGCAGGCUGUUGAGACAUUUCUACUGCCCCUCAGAACCUGUCUCUGUGUUCAGUGCUCUGUCGCUGCACUUGUCACUGCCACAGCUGCAUGCAUCAAGCACACUAAAUGUUCCCUGCAGCAUUUGCAUCUCCUUGUUGCACAGGCACUCUCACAGCUACACUGCCCAAAGGUGAGCAGUGUGUUCCCCUACUAUGCUGCUGGUGGAGACCUGGGCUAGGCUCUGGAGUUCCCUCAGGCUUGCCCCUUCAAGUCCUUCCACUUUAAUUAAAUAUUAAUUGGGCCAAAGCAGCCCCACCAGGCUCUCUGUGGUGCAGUGAUGAGGCUGUUGAGCUGGAAUGUUGGGGACCCUGGUUCCAUUCCUGAGCUGAGUGGCACACUCGUGUGAGCCUCCCUCUGUUGUUCCUCUGGAAGCCUGUCUACCUUCAUUAAAUAUUAAUUGCCCUACAGUGUAAGUGUCCAACAAGCAGCCCUGUGUGGUACGGUGCGUAGGGUAUUAGGCGAGGCUCCAGCCACGGGAGUAGGGUAUGAUUCGGAUUCCUGGCCUGGCCCCCAUCCUCCAAGGAGCAGGAUAAGGGGGAAUUGAGCCCAAAUCUCCCACCUCCUGAGUGAGAACCCAAACCACUGAGUUACACAAUGGGCCUGAGAGUUGCUGUGACCCAAUUAUUUAAUUGAAGUGAAGCAACUUCGGCAAAAGCACCCCACUAGCACAUCCCUUCGCUCCACGACGAGCAAAUGCACUUGAGAGCUCCCAGAAGCCUAUCAAAUCCCUUCUCCUCAGGCCCACAGAGGAAUGAAACCAGACCCCUCCCUCCCUCAAAUGGCUGAGUAUCCAAAGCACCCAGUUAUAGCAGAAGUCUCUGUCCGCUUUGCCCCUGCUGGUUUGUGGGGUUGAUACUUAAUCUCACAGGCAACAGUUCAGCACCGAACUCACCGGACAGGGUCCAGGAGCAGGUUCCUGUUGUGGGUCACACACUGCAAUAGGCACCAAGCUCUAUAAACAGCAGGGCACAGCACCCCCACCCCUGCCUAGGGAGGGUCCCAUUUUCAGUUGCCCAGCUGUCUCCCACCUACGCAGAGCGAGCCCCAGCACCUAACUCAGGCUUUGGAGAUCCCAGCACCUAACUCAGGCUUUGGAGAUCCCAGCACGUGCUGAUGCUUUUUUAGGCAUCUAAAAGUCCAUUGUGAAACUAGUCACUGUUUUGAUGUAUUACAUGGUGCAAACAAGCUCGUUCUGUUAUGUGGCUACAGACUUUUGCCUUAACUGAUGGCAGCAGAGUGCAGGAAAAUGCAUAAAGGUUCUCCCCGGGGGCUAUGUCCCGACCAGCCCUAUUUUGAGUGCACAGUUACAUAUCAAUUGUAUUUAGAAGCUUUGUUUAAUUUUCACCAAAAUUGGCAGAAUGUUUCUUCAUGUGGGCCCUUAGUGACAUUCCCCGAGCCCAGCUCCACCCUGAGCUUUGUGUCUGGUGGCCAGGCGGGGGCUGGCUCUGUCUCAUUUGCAAACAUGGCCUGUUCUCAUCUACCACCACUGCCAGAAGAGCAUGCCCAAAGGAACGACAUGGCGCAAGGGUAGGUUGUUUUCAGUGGUAAAUUUAAGUAUUUGUUCUGUAUGUACAUAACAAAGUUACUCGAACUACAAAGCCCAAGUGGCGAAUACCAGCCAUCCUAUGUCCAUUAGGAACACAUGGGUGAAGUGACAUGUGACAAACGCCUGCCACGGACGCUGCAGAAUUCCUCUGCCAUUUUACUUGGAUUCACAUUUUGAGAAAUCUUCAGCGCUCAGUUUUUUUCCUUUCAAAUAACUUAGUUGAUACAUUAAAAGACCCCAGUGACCCAUCCCUGCUAGGGACUGGUGACAGCAGAAUGUGGCAAACAUCCCCUGAAGCUCCCUGGUGAGCACAUGUCAAGGUGCCAAGUGGUUCAGAGACUAAAUUUGCCACUUCACUGGCACUUUAAGAACCGUCUCCUAAGGCUCCAGUAUAGAAGAAGGUGGCAGCGUAAGCCUGUAGUUUGCAGAGGGCUGGGCUGUGCCAUGGGGCCGAUCUCCCUUUAACUGCCUUGUUACCCCAUUAACACCAGUCCAUCGCCUCUGCCUCUAGGUCAUGGCUUCAGUUUUACACCAGCAUGUGGGCUACAGAAGAUUAUUUCCCAUGGGAGAAUACUACCUGCAUCAAACAAUUGAUGGAAAAAAGAGUAUUUACCAAAGUGGCAUCAAGUACGUAGAAAAUAAACCAACGACACAAAC